AUGCACAUGAAUGAGGACUCGGAGAUUUUGGCUCGAUUAGGAAUUCUUACAUCAAACGAGCAAAGCCCUCGAAAGGAAGGCAAUUUGAAGUAUGCACAAGCGAGCACUAAAUUUGUUGACGUGAACAUUAGUGGAGAUGCCAACACAGAAGAUGACAGCGAAGACGAUAUUUUUGAUAGGGACACGUUACUUCUUGGGAAUCAAAGUGGCCGCGAAAGGGUGGCUACAAAUUCACGAAGACAUUCCGAUACACCCGUGUGUCGCUUCAUUUUACUACUUCUCUCUUUCUACAUAGCGGGCUUGACUUUACAUUCGACUCCCGAUAUUUAUUUACUAUCCAUGCGCACAGAGGGCCAUGUCUUACCGAUUUUGCAAAUGGGUGGAUUGGUUAUUGGGGCCUUGAUAGCUCGAACUUAUGUACCCCGUUUUAAUUCGAUGUGGCUGUUGUUUGCGUGCAUUUGUGUUUUGACAACACUGACCGUUAUUCUAUUGUCACCACAAGAUUCUACAUCUCUUCAUAUCAUUGUCAUUACGCAGGGAAUAUGUGUAGCAACAAUUAAAUAUGCGGGUUUGAGUACUUGGUUUAUGUGGUGGCGAAGCAGUCACCGCAAGUUCUUUUGGAUUCUGUUUGCGUGUGCUCUGGGUGCUACAAUUCCUACGUUGCUUCGGAGUCCAAUGACUGACGAUUGGCACCCAACAACUGAGGGUCCAAUACAACAUCCGCACCAAAUGCAUCGACGUGCUAUUGACAAUCUACGAAAUGCCAAUUUGAUGAUCAAUAACUUGCCGAAAGAUAUGAAACCUACUUCCGACAACAGUGGCUUGACUGAAAAUAAGCCGAAAAAGCCGGAUGUUGCAUUUGGAACAAACGAAAGCAACAGCAGAAAAGCGGAACAAAAUAGCCGCCUUCGGGAAGCUGCUAAUUCAGAUUUGUCUGGAGUUCAAGUAGAUCUAACUACAGCUAUAACUACAACCACGGUGACUACAACUACGACACCUAUAGUUACAACGGAGCCAGUCGCCCUAGUUCAAACGUCAACUCUCAAGCCGGAAGGCAAAGUGAAGGGUGGAAUGGUUGCUAAAGGAGUCGAGAAAAUCGACAAGAUCGACAAAGCUAUUGGGACAAAAAUUCAAGACAUGCAAUCGGCUGUGCUUUUCCGAGUGGCCGAUUUAUCCGUUGAAUGGUUCGUCGUAGUGGUGCUGGGUACAGUUCUUCUUCUUUAUCUGUUUUCGUUCUUCGCCUGUUGUCUUUCAUGGGCAGUUAUUGCUGAUUCUCGAGUGGCAAAGUUGAGCGAUCACACAUCUCCCGGCUUAUCGGCUGGCUGCAGAAUGCGGGUUUGCGCUUGUCAUUGCCUGGCAGCGGCUCUCAACUACGCAAUGAUGUAUUCGGCAAUGGAACAAGGCAGCUCCUAUGAAAUUCUUGCUGCUGUUUGUAUGGCUCUUGUCAUGUUUAUUGCAGCCAUCAUUGGUGGAGCGUGUUGUACAUCAUCGGCUUCGUGGCUUUUCGUAUUCUUGACUCUAAUCGGCUCAAUCAUACUGAAGAUCUCGCCGUCAUCUUAUUUGGGAUUUUUGCUAACGACUGCUUCGGCCCCGAUGAUUAGCUGUUCGCUUGUGAUGAGGAUUGAAAAAAAUGUUGGCGCUCGUCCCUCGCAAAACAUCGACAUGUUCUUGCUGUGUAACUUUGGAACCAAGCUCGUUUUGUCCAUUUGGUGCUAUUUAGUCGGGCGAUUCAAGGAGAGCAGUUUAAUGAGUUUUGCAUUGUUUGGAUCGAUCUUACUUAUUCCGAUGCUUUAUUUGGCCGGAGUUUCUAUGAAACGGGCGGCUCGUCUAAAGGAGAUUUGUGAAUAUACGAGUUCGAAUGGUGGUGAACCGCGAGAUGUGACGAGAAUUGGAAAUUACACGAUGCUCGAGGUUCCAUCAGAUGAUACGGAUGAAGAAUCGAAUAUU